AUGAUGGAACAGGACAACGAGUUCCACGUGUUCCUGCCAGGACAAGUAAAGGCCUCCACUUGCUGUGUUUUUUGUUUGUACUGCAACAGAUGCGCAGCUCUUGUUGCACUCAACGCCGCCAAGGAUUCAGGACAAGAGAUCUGCCCGCUCGUUGAUGUUCAUAGUGCAGUGGACGCGGAUACGGAGAGGUUGAUAGCUGCAACGGGUUCAAGAUUGGAAAGCUAA